GCUGCUGAGUUCACAGAUGGUUGUUCAGGUGGAGCCUCGUAUCCGCUACAGCAGCAAGAGGAUGGACACCAACCAGCCCAAAGUGGAGGCCAAUAUUUUAAUGCUGGGAGCCGAAAAUGUGGGAAAGUCUGCACUAAUAGUGCGUUUCCUGACUAGAAGAUUCAUUGGAGAAUAUGGAUCUAUUGAAUCAAUAUACAGUCAUCAUGAUAAGAUUGAUGGACAAGAGAUCUGCUUCAACAUCUGGGACUCGCUCUGUCCACAGAAUGCUAAAGAAGUAGGCUACAUCAGCGACAGGCAGCUGCAGUGGUCUGACGGCUUCAUCCUGGUCUACAGCAUCUGUGACCGUGCAAGCUUCAACAUGGUGCGACAGCAAGUGCAACUCAUCCGCCAAGCGCAGCAGAAGCUCUCCAGCUCGGCUCCACUCGUCAUCGUGGGGAAUAAACGGGACCUGCAGCACCGGCGCGCCGUGUCCAGCGAGGAGGGCCGUCUACUGGCGCUCUCGGCCGACUGCAGCUUCUUCGAGAUCUCUGCGGCUGAAGCGUAUCAUGGCGUGCUCAUGGUGUUCCACGAACUUCUCGACCUGAUCCGUGAGGCGAAGGCACUGAAAAAGGGCACGGCCGGCUUCAGGGGAAUCGUCAGGAGCAUGUCCGCUGUAUUUGGAAGGAAGAGGACUGAAUAGACUUUUUUUUUUUUUUUUUUUUCUUUUUUUUUUUUCUGGAAAAAGGAGUGAAUAUUGUGUCCACAUUGGACUAUUGAUUAUUGAUUUAUAUGGAUUUGAAUGCUCCGUGAAUGUUCAAAUUCAGAGACUCUUAAGGGGUUGAAAGGAGAAUUACUUUGUCUUGCACCACAGCACUGUGAAACCUCCAAUUUGGUUGGUCCAAUUCAAUUUUUUUUUUUUCCUGUUUAAGACAUUCAACAAUGUUAGAUUUAAGUAUAAAUGGACCCUAAAAACACAAUGUAAUGUAAAUUAACAAGUGAGAAGUAGUAAUUAUUGGCCAAUUGCUGUGGUGCAAGAAGGAAUGAACCACUUUGGGACAUGUUCUAGGACCAAAAUUCAGCUGCAGGGUGGCAAGAGGCAUUGCUUUCCUAUAGCAGUUCAUUCCUUACAUCUGAAACAAACACGCAUUGUAAUUAGGAGGCUAUUUCUAUGCAAAGAUGGACAUCUAUUAGUGUGUCUUCAGGCAGAAUUUAACACCCCACCCCCGACAGUACUACAUGAUCGGGAUCAUUCAAACACCAGUUACACCAGCAUACUGUACAGUAUAUACAAAUCUAUGUGGUUAAAAAGCUCAGGACCUGCCUCGAGUCAGUGACUCGGAUAAACUGUUGCACUCGUUUGAGAAUGUCUGGUGAAGUUUUACACCCUGACAAGGUCCUUGGGGUUUCUUUCUUUUUUUUAAAAAAAGUGUUCCUAGUAGCUGCAGGGUAUUGGGGUGUAUAUAUUAAUAGUACAGAAGUCUAUGUUGAUGAUGACUUUUUGUAAUAAAAAACAUGCAUUGAAGUACUCUGCAA